CAGCACUGAACGCACCGGCCGACCUGAGCUGCUUACCUACACUUCACCAACACCGGAGAGAGAGGUGAAGAGCAGAGGCAAAGCAAACGUCAGUGAUACUCCCUGACCUGAGAUUCUGAAGAGCGUAUAUGAUGGACACUUUACUAUCCCAUGAGGCCACGGGAGAGGAUUUGGGAAUAGUGAUGCAACUGACGCUGGAGGCGCCAAAGACUGAACACUGGGCGAACGAUCCGGAGAGAGUGAGAGAAUCAAGAUGGCGAUUAGACGUGCAGGCAAAAACAACAGUGUUCUGUCGUCUGUGCUGCUCCAGAUCCUGCUGUAUCUCUCAGCCGCUUUCAGUGUGUUUUACUUCCUGUCCAUUCUCUCUAUGAUCAUCUACAAGACUCAUGUGUUGAGUUACCCUGUUGGCCGACUCGCUCUAGACGUGUGUCUGCUGUUUCUUAUGGCCGGCUUCGAGGUCCUGAGGGUGUACUGGGGGUUCAGGGGAAACCUACAGGAGAGCGAGGGCUACACGGUGAAUCUGAUGGCCACCGGGGCCACAGUGCUGCUGGCGCUCUAUUUCGUCAUUUGGCAGUCGUACGUCCUGCGAGCUGAUGUCAUCAUUGGGGCCACCUUGCUCUGCUUGUACGGCCUGACAGGAAUUGUGGGGUUUGGGACGCUGGCGGGCUUCACCAGUGUGUACAGCUGACCGCCUGCCGGAGAUUUGCACUGCUAUGCAACAGACUUUCUCUGUAAGUUUGAUUACAAUAUCAUAGCAUUUUCAUAAAAAAACAAACAAACU